UUCCCGACUGUCAUCGACAUGCUGGUAGUCGCGUAGAGAAGUCUGAUCGCUACAACCACCAUCAUUAUUGGACUUUUAAGCAAAAAAAGGAAGUUCAGUCUGAAGUAAUCAACCCUUUUCUUUUCUUUUUUUUCUUACGUUAAAUUCUCUCAUUAUUGAACGAGGUUCUUCUAUGCAUGCCAUCUUAAUCAUCAACCGUGCAGGAUCUUUAAUUUUUCAUCGUGAAUAUGGACCAUCUCCUACAUCACUAACACCAAAUGAAUAUUUGAUAUUGGCUGGAACCAUUCAUGGUGUUCAUGCCAUUUCUACGCAAAUUAGCCCUUUGCCUGGAUCCUCUGGAAUUCAAUUCUUAGAAGCUACAACGUUCAAUAUUCACAUCCUACAAACGCAUACUGGAGUUAAAUUCGUGUUAUUUACAGACAAAAAACAAACCAACGUACGUCCCCAUUUACAGAAAUACUACGAACUUUACGCAGAUUACGUUCUAAAAAACCCUUUUUACACUUUGGAGAUGCCUAUUAAAUGCCAAUUAUUUGAAGAACAGCUGAAAAGAUACAUAGAUUCUCAUUGACGAAUUCAUUUUAAUCAAACAAACCGAAUCCCAUCUAGAAAGUAUUAGUAACUGAAAAACUAUAAAUGAAGCUAAUUUAUGAAUAGAAUGAAACUCUUGGUUUUUCUAUCAUAAGCUUCAACAAACUUACAUCCUCGUCUGAUUCCUCCUCGGCCUUAGCCUCUUCCUUCUUCUCCUCAGCAGGAGCUUCACCAGCAGCAGGGGCAGCGGCGGCAACAGGAGCGGCAGCAGCACCGGAACCAAUGUUUAAGAGAAGUUCCUUCAAGUCCUUGCCCUCAAGAGCCUUGGCAAAGAUAGUAGCCCAGAUGGGUUCAACUUCGACAUUGGCAGCCUUGGUCAAAGCCAAAAGCUUGUCAGACUAUUAUAAUUAUUGUUAGGUGAUCGAUUCUAAUAAUAUAAAAUUACGUGAGGUCCGAAAUAAAACAUUGAUUCUUUAUUAAUAGGUUUAUUAAACAAUAUUUUCUG